AGUUUCCAAAACAAAACUUCAUACUUUCUAUACCCACAAGCUCCAUAUUCAUUGCUACACACUUCUCUUCGAUUUUCUUUCAUUCCAAACACCUCCAAGAAAGAAAAUCUGGUGGAGAGAUGACAGAAAGAAACUCCUGGAAUUAUAGAAACCCAUGUUUGACCAUGCACCAACCCUGGGCUUCACUGCUUGUUUAUGGUAUCAAGCGAAUUGAGGGAAGGUCUUGGCCUGCUCCUAUUAGAGGCCGACUUUGGAUUCAUGCUGCUAGUAAGGUUCCUGAUGAAGCUACAGUUAAAGCGAUGGAGGAGUUCUACAAGGAAAUAUAUGCAGUGGAUGGGAUUUAUGAUCUCAAGUUCCCAGAAAAUUAUCCUGUUUCACGACUUCUAGGUUGUGUUCAAGUGGUUGGCUGUUCUAAACGUGAAGAACUAGCAUGCUGGAAGGAGGUAUCUGAAGGGGUGAGGCUGGAGGCACUAACAGAUUUUUGCUGGCUUUGUGAACAGCCGCAGAAAUUAUUAGUUCCAUUUGAGAUGCGAGGCAACCAAGGUGUCUAUGACUUGGAAAGGAAGAUAUAUGAGGCUGCAGUUAGAGGUCUUGCUCCUGUUGAAAGUCCACUGCCUAUAAAGUUCCCGCUUCCAAAUCCACGCAAUCCUUUUUCCUUGAAGCCAGGAUCUAUUUUUGCACGAUUUCCUGAAUCUAAAGCAACUGAAAUGGAGAAAUCGUCAACUCUCAGUUCAGCCAUAGCUGGUGCACAAGCAGCAGCUACGCAAUUCUCAAAGAAGGACCAGAGUUCCCACAAUGAUGCCAUCCAGAAUAGAAAUAUAAUUAAUGCCAAGAGAAUAGGUCAAUUUGAGAGUAAAUCUUGGGAGAACAAUAAAUCACCAGCUGGAAACUUUAAUAAAGGAUCUAAUAGAGGGACUCAGUUAUUUGUUAAACAAGGGCAAAGCAGUUACUCUGAGCAUGAUGGAAGAAUCAGUAGUCACAACCAGCUUCCUCGUGCAGGUUCAAAUCAGCAUCUGAGGCCUCCUUCUAAGAUUUUUACUGAUGCGAUGAGAGAGCUGAGGCUAUCAUGAUCCUUCAUUAUCGGGGAGGACCUUGUAUAUUGAACAAUAAUACAUAGAGCAUCGAUCUUUAUAAUUGCACAUGAAGAUAUAAGUGCAGCUCCAUGGUUUCUCUUCCUUCCCUUUUAGUUUCUUGUAUUAAUAGGUCUUUAGUUCUUUCAUGGUUCUAGAGCUCUUGUAUGAUUCUGGUCUCUAGUCUUCCAUUUUCUUUUAGUUCUUGUAUUAAAUCCUGGUUCUAGAUCUUUGUAUUAUUUAGUUGUAUUUGUUGCCACUAAAAUAAUGAAUUCAAAUUCUCAAGUAGAUCAGUGUAUUUUAUGAAAAUAUACCAAGGAUUUUUUAUGGUUCAGGUUGAA